AAUAUACUGGUGCCGUGUAAGGGUGUAAGAAGAAAUCGUUGCAUCAUUUGCCACUCUUCCCAAAUUUCGGAACACACACUCUUCCCCGAACUUCAAAAAAAAACAUGUCUUUCCAAUCUCCACCACCACCAUCACCGCUCCACCCGACCCAAAACCCGAACCAACAAAAAACCAAACCUGAAGGAGAAAAGAAGAGAGACUUCCUGACUCACCUCGAAACCUAUCUCGCCAAACGCGACGGCGUCGACAAGCUACUCAAGAUCUCACGCUACACCUCAAAACUCAUCCUCUUCACUUCCUGGGCCAAGGCCCAACCCCAAGCCCAUAACGGCCCAUCUCUCUACAACCGCCUCAAGGCCUUCGAGUCCAGCGUCGGCAUCAGCCGCAAGUCCCUCCGCCUCGGCAAAUUCGUCCAAGACCUCAACGCGCUCCGUGCCCUACAAAAACCGCGCGUGAAAUCCACCACCAGCUCCUCCGAUCUCGACUUCUUCCUCUCCAUCGUCGCCUACGGCGGCGAGGGAAUCUACUACUUCGUCGAGCAGCUCGUCUGGCUAUCCAAAUCGGGACUCAUCGAUCCGAAACGGUCGCGUUCGUUUCAGAAAAUCAGCGCGUGGUGCGAGUUCGUAGGGUACUUCGGUAGCGUGGCUUUGAAAUUCAGGGAUUUGAAGGUGAUCGGAGAGGACGAAGAGUGCUUGAAAUCGACCGUUGAAAUUGCGAGUUUGAGAGGGGAAUGUUGUGAGGUGGAAGAAGAGAGGUUGAGGAAGGUGAGGGAGAAGAAGACGAUGAAGAAGCUUUCGAUUCUUCAGGAUUUGGCUGAUUUGGUUAUGGCUUUGGAUGAUAUGAUCGACGGCAAGGGACCGUUUUCGGGGCCGGUUUUCAUGGCUUCCGCCGGGUUGUUGUCUGCUCUCAUCAGCACUCACAAGAAUUGGAAAUCUUGUUAAACUUCGCCGGUUACAUCAAGUUAGUUAGUUAGUUAGUUAGUUAGUUACUGCAUAAUCUGAAUUUCAGUUUACUUGUCUAGAACUGUUGAGGAACUUGUGAAUGCAGAUUCAAACACGCUUGUAGCAUGUAGCAUGUGAAAAUUCUACAUCAAUUCCGUAAUAAUUGUCGCUUUGAAUACACUAAAUUCAAUGAUGUACCAAAUUUUUUCGAAGCUACAAUUACUGCGAAACUGAUGGAGUAUUGCAGAUGAGGAUGAUUGGCUUCUCUGCAUUCAUUUAGACAGGAUGUAAAAUUGCCUUUGUGCUUCUCUGUAGAAUUAAAUUUAGGAGGGUAGUGAUUAGCUUAUAAUCAAAAGCUUCCACAUUUUUUUGGCGGGUGGGUUUGGUAUUGUGGACAAAGAUGCCAAUUAGUUUGAUUGGCAGCUCAUUUGAGCCGAACUUGGGAGUUUGGUAUCACCGAAAAGGAAUAAAAUGUCCAUACCUAUAGACUAUAGUCUUUGAAUAAUUGAUAAGUGCUCCAAAAUUUGGUAGUAUAAAUUGGUUUAGGUGCACUUUGUUUAUUUGUCCAUUUUUUUAUCUUCUUGUACUUGUUAUGUAGUUACUAAUGUCAUGAAAUUAAUUUUCCCAAAAGUUUAAGCAAAUAGAAGAAGACACAUUUGCCUUAUUCUGAAAUACUUUGAUUUUUUGGUUAACGUGGAUCGAACUUUAGACUUUUAGGUCAUAGAAGCUAUGAUACUAUGCUAUGAAAUCAUUUCUUCCCAAGACUUAAGCUGUUAAGAGGAGGUACAUGAAUAGUUAUAUCUCUAAUAACUAACAUUGUUCCAAUUCUCUGUAGUGGUUUAUUUUUGCAGGGUUUUUUGUGUGUGUGUCAAUAUUGAUCAAACUACAAUUUUCUCAGCCUUCAUCAACUGGCAUUAAUGGUUUAGAUUUUCAGAGAGGUUGGGUUAGUGUCAAAUCUUGUAUGGUUAGAGUCAGAGACACAGGGUAUAGCUAUAAUUAUAUAGUAAUCUUUUGUCUGCUGUUGGAGAUGUAUUGUGAAAUGUUUCAGACUUGGUAAGGCACUUCUCUUGAA